CGCCGCGCGGCCGGAGAGGGAGCGGCCUCCGUUCGGUGGCCGCUGAGGCGGCGAGAGCCCGGCCGGGACCGGAGCCCCCGGACCCCCCGGACCCCCCGGACCCCCCGGACCUCGUCCUUCUGCCCCCAGCCCCGAUGGGGCCUCCGAGGCGGUGCCCGCCGCCGCUGCUGCUGCUCUGGGGCCUGCUGCUCCCGGCCGCGGUCUCUGCUCAGGAAGGGAUCCUUCAUGCAUUUGAAAGUGGUAUACCGGUGCCUUCUAAGAACUACUGUAUGAUCUUCAAUCCCCAGUGGACAACGUUCCCUGAUUCUCUAGAGAAUGCAACGUCCAUCGCUCUGGAGAACCUGACUGCCACACAGCUGUGCAACUCUUCUGCCGUUCCUCCCGGGAGCAUCAAAGGCAAAGCAGUGGUGGUAAUGAGAGGGAGUUGCCUUUUCCUGGAAAAAGCCAGGAUCGCCCAAAGCAGAGGGGCUAAAGUCCUGCUGAUUGCGAGCAACACUGCAUUAUCUCCUCCCUCAGGUAACAAAACUGAAUUUAGUGAUGUGACGAUACCCAUUGCACUCGUAAGACACAGAGAUGUUGAAAACAUGCAGCAGACUUUUGGAAAUAACAUCUCAGUGAAACUGUACUCACCGCCGUCGCCUGAGUUUGACUACAGUAUGGUGGUCAUCUUUCUAAUUGCUGUACUGACUGUGGCCUUAGGAGGUUAUUGGAGUGGCGUCUCAGAAUUCGAAGACAUGAAGGCCGCGACAAACCCCGAAGAAAGAGAAACGAGGCGAAAGAAGGAAGAAAAUGUGACUUUCACUCCUCUCACAGUGGUGAUAUUCGUGGUCAUCUGUUGUGUGAUGCUGGUCUUACUUUAUUUCUUCUACAAAUGGUUGGUGUACGUGAUCAUAUCCGUUUUCUGCCUGGCAUCCGCCAUGAGCCUGUACAACUGCCUUGCUGCAUUAAUUAGAAAAGUACCGUUUGGACGAUGCAGAAUUCCAUGCUGCAACAAACACCUUGAAGUGAGGCUUAUUAUUCUUGCUGGAAUUUGCAUAGCUCUAGCUGUAGUUUGGGCUGUGUUUCGGAAUGAAAACAGGUGGGCUUGGAUAUUACAAGACAUCUUGGGCAUCGCAUUCUGCCUCAAUUUCAUUAAAACCCUGAAAAUGCCCAACUUUAAGUCAUGCGUGAUUCUGCUAGGCCUUCUCCUCAUCUAUGAUGUGUUUUUCGUUUUCAUAACACCAUUCAUCACAAAGAACGGUGAGAGUAUCAUGGUUGAAGUCGCAGCUGGACCUUUCGGAAACAGCGAAAAGUUACCCGUGGUCAUUAGGGUUCCAAGGCUGAUGUUCUCAGCGCAAACCCUGUGUGUCAUUCCCUUUUCGUUACUGGGUUUUGGAGACAUCAUCGUGCCAGGGUUGUUGGUUGCCUAUUGUCGGAGAUUUGAUGUUCAGACUGGUUCUUCUUCGAUCUACUACGUGUCCUGCACAGUUGCGUACGCCCUGGGCAUGGUGCUGACCUUCGUGGUUCUGGCCCUGAUGAAGAAAGGUCAGCCGGCCCUGCUCUACCUGGUUCCCUGCACUCUCCUCACUGCAUCGUUCGUGGCCUGGAGACGCAAGGAAAUGAAGAAGUUCUGGAAAGGGAGCAACUACCAGAUGAUGGAUCACCUAGACUAUCCAGCCAAUGAAGAAAAUGGCGGGCCACCCAAUGAACAGACCGAAGGACAACGAUAUUAGGUAGCCCCGCAAGAAAGCAUUUCAUUUUUUUUCUACGAACAGACUGAAAAGUUUAAUUUUUUAAUUGAAUUUUUAAUUGAAUUUAAAAGAAUCCUCAAUAAAUUUUUCGUGCUUGCGUAUAUAUUUUUAUGAACGGAGACUGUCAGAAAACAGCGUACGACGAAAAUGUAUUUUGCUUUCCGAUGGCCAAAAUGUCGAGUAAAAUUGUGCCUUCACAGUAAAUAAAAGUAUAUUGUCCAUGAGAUUUUUCCACCUGUGUUGUACACGGUAUAUUUUUAUAUAAGCAUUUCUUGAUCCUGCCACUGUGUAUAAAUAUGUUGUCUGAUUUGGUUCAAGUUGACUCGAAUGCCAGAGACUGCUACUUCUGUCCGGUUCCGGGCUUCCGUGCAGAUUUUAUUACGAAGGAACGAUGGGUUUCCGGCUUAGCCAGCGCUGGUUCGAAAUUGCUGUUAACUGUCAAGGCCCAGGAAGUCACAGCUUCACAGAGGUCCGAAGACGUGAGUGGAGAGGGUGACUGAGUGGAUUCGGGCUUUCCAAGAGGUGGCCAACUCUUGUUGAGAACGGAGGCCAAGUUCAUUCCAUCAACCUGCAUAAAUGACUGUUCACGAUAGCCCUCCAGCGAUGGAGAGGAGCCAGAGAUGUAUUGACGUUCUUGCUCCGGCCCUCCGCAGACCAAAACCCGAGUCUGCCGCUUUUGAUAGCUGGCCGUCUUCCGCUUGUCCGUCACCGUCCAACGGGGGUAAGGGCGAGGUCGGGGAUCUCCCCCGAAGCCCUGGACACUGACCCCGCUGUUUAGCAUCUCUGAGUACGGGGCAAACCACCGUCUCACUCCCCUUUGCCCUCCUCAGAUCGUAGAGAACGGCGCGGUCAACCCAGCCCUCCCCCAGCCUAGCUUUUACUUCUCUAGGAAUCAUUUACAAAAUGUGGAUUAUAAACAAUGAUAAUCUUUUGUUAAGGUCAAAGGGUGUUCACUUUCUCAAAGGUAGAGCUACUAUUUAAUCUCUUUCAGGGGCUCAACCAUUCAGCAUGUGCUCUAAAUGGGGCAUUUUUAUUUUUCAUUUAAUGGUUGGUAUUUGUGUUAUAGAUGACGUACAACUGUACCACAGGGAUUAGCUGUGGGAAACUCACCCCGCAAUUUUGCUCCCUGUGAUUUUUUUUGCUUUUUCGGGUAAUAGCGACCGAGCAACGCUCGGAGAGGUUAACGGCGAACCUUGGCUUUCUGGUCGAGAGUAGGAAAUUGUUGCUGAGACUCCCUGUUUCUUGACAGGCUGGGAUGAUUCAAGGAGUCAAGGAUACAGCAAGGAUUAAAUUGCUUCAAAAACCUCGGCUCUAUUUUGAUUUUAUAAUGUCAACAUCAGGCGUGGGCCAAUCACGGAUUCCUUUGUCAAAACGAAGGCGAUUUUAUCCCAUCGUACUGAUAGCCGGGACGCGAGCGUACUUUACUGUCUUUUCUCUUUCACCUGAAGCGGGACAACCUGUUUUCUUGCCUACCCUCUAUUCCUUCAAGUAAAACGCUGGCUUCUCCUAGGUGGAGUAAUUUUACUGUAGCUUUAUCUCAAAAUGAAACAAGUUUUUUAGGAGUAGAACUGACUACUGUUGGUUUCUAAAUCAUGUCUGAUUACUCAGCUGGCUGCCUUUGAUAGACAAAACCCUUUUCUUGUUGAGUUAUUUAGAAGAUCUUGAAGAACCAACAAGAAAAAAAUGAACAAGUACUCUGAAAAUGACGCCUGCUGAUCCUUAGCUUUUCUUUGUACUAUUAUGAAUCAGUUGUAAUUUAUCCUGUAUUGUUUUCUCCCAAGCGCUUAGUACAGUGCUCUGCGCACCCUAAGUGCUCAAUAAAUCCCAUCGAACGAUUACCAACCCAUAUAGGGAAAAAAAAAGAUCUUGCUGGCCUGAAAGGUAAAACAGGGUAGUUUGGAAAAAUAAAACUUGAAAAGUUAAAGGAUAUUUUCCUUCUAAUUUGAUGAUUAACUUGAAGGAUCUGUAUAAAAUAGUCUAAUGACUAAAACUAGAACAAUCGUAUAUGAACUCAGUUUAGAGGGUUAACUUGAUUGAAAAUCCAGUUCAUAUUUCUCUCUCUCCAUUCCCUCUGCCAAUUACUUCGAGUGGAAACUAGUCGCUUCCCAGACACGCGUUGUGUAAAAGCAAAUAAUAGUAAGUCCUUGAUGGGUGCUUUUCCCAAGAUACAAUCGAAAAUGACUUGGGGCAUGAGAAUUCCUGUAAGAUAGUUCUGACUAUAAAUUGUCACCGAAUUUUCUGUUAGAAAUUCAAAACAAUCGUUGACAGAAUAGAGAUUAAUACUGAAGUUUUGAUCCUUUUCCUCCAAUUUUGCUGAAACCGCUUUGGAGUUUAGCAUUCUCUCCUGGGUAGAGUGUGAGCUGCGGUAUUUUUUUCCUCAAUAUGAAAAAGUUUUAAUUUGGCAUUGGGAUUUAAUCGUCGGGUUUAGUGGAUGUACCUAGAAGCCGGUGAAUUUUAGGUAAACCUUUAGGUAAACCAUCUUUCCUGUUUCUGCCCCAAGGCUGCUGUUCCUGGGAUAUUUCGGCCUCGAGCGAACUGGAAACUGCUCGAAUCCCUAGGCGGGAGGAGGUGGGGGGUUUCCACUGACAUUCGACCGGUGAGAUUUGAGAACUUUCAGAGUUGGACGGCCCAGGCUUCAGUGAGGAAGUGGCUUUUACACUUCCCACGGGUUGCCUGCAGCCCUAGUUACACAAAAUGGAGGAACUUAGCCCCAUUUGGCUUUAGGAGGAAAUUGUGAAGGAAAAUGAGAAGAUGUGGAAACAUGAGCUUUUCAGAAGCAAGGUGGAAUUUCUGCCGCAGGAAUUAUCUGAACUACAUCCCGGAGCCUUUUGUGGUUUGGAUAGCUCUAGUUUCAGAUAAGCGUUUCAAGGCUCCUGUUUGCAUCACUGAACCCGCAGGCCACAGAAAAGGUUCAGAGAUGAAUACUAUUCAGCCCGUACCUUUGGGCAAUAAAGAAAUCCACAACUGACUACAUCCUUCUACACAGGACCACGUCAUUUAUUUUUUUCUAAAUGUAACGGGGGAAUUGGUCUUGAGGACCUAAAGAAUCCGUCUGGAUUUUCCGUAGAGACCAUCUUCAUCUGAACGUCAGCAUUGAGGGAGGAGACUUCCAAGAAAGGGGAGGAGAUGAUGGGAAAAGCAGUAUCCCGCCCCUCGGGGGCCUGGGUCUAAUUCCCACCUGCGCAGUCUUUCCCAGCGCCGCGUACAGUGCGGUGCACGCACUAAGCGCUUAAAUCCUAUGUCCGGUUUUCAGUAUCUAGAAAAACACCACCAUUUGCCCUCUCAGCCGGAUUCGUGGGCGUCCCCUUUGGUAGCUUCCCAAGUCUGUCUACCCUCCUUGCAUAUGAUCAAAUACGUGUUUAAUUAAGUUAUCUUCUGGCCGCUGACUCGGUAGCUCUCUUGCUAGGAGUUGCUUGUGAGAGAACAAUUAUUAGGUGCUCCACAGAAGCUUCCAUUGUAUUGUGCUCUCCCUCACGCUAAUGCAGUGCUCUGUACACAAUGAGCGCUCAAUAAAUACCACCGGUUGUCAUCAAUGGUAUUUAUUGAGCACCUACUGGGUGCAGAGUAACUGACCAGGAGGUAACACUCUUUUUUGUGAAUAUUGUUAAGAGUUCUGGCUGAGUCAUAUUAGAGCGAGCAAAGAUUUGGUAGAAUUUUCUUAGAAUGAGGUAAAUUACUGAAAUGUAAAUUAAUUCAAUAACACUACUAACUUUUUGUGACCUUUUUAUAUAAGCAGUGCUAAUUUUAAAAACUGAAUUUUGAUGCUUUUUUAUUACUGAUAGGUCUUCUCUAGUACAACGGAAUCUACUGUGCUUUGAACUGAUGGUCCCGAUGAGCUGACCAGAACCAGUUUUUCAAAUGUAAAGAUGAAGUGUUGCUAUUUAAUAAAUUUUCUUUUUAAAAGAA